CAUUUCAUCGAAGUCGUGUUUUUUUUGGGAUUGCAUAUUUGAGUUAGUGUAUUUUAUGUAGUCUGGCAUGGAAGUGUGAAAUGUCAAGAUUUUGUAACAGUGGUUAUUAAUUUACCAUUCCGGUAUUGCUCGCGGUAGCGGAAUGACUGAAGUAGUUUUGCGUAGGAUUAAAUGUACUUUUGGAGAGCGGAAUACGAGGAGAUUACAAGUUCUGCUUUUUUUUAUACUAAUAAAAUGAUAUGGGACCGUGUGUUUACAUCUGUAUUUGUAUUAUUGUCCUUUGAUAUUUGCCACGCUCUUUAAGGUACUUGAUAUUGAUGGUGCAUAUUUAACAUUGACGCAAGGGUAUAUACAGAUAUGUCAAUUCAAAAGCUUAUUAUUCGGAUUUGUUUUAUUAAGACCAGUAUAAAUGGCGGAUGAAAUCCUGUGAUGUUAUAAGCGAGACUGACAACAUUGAAAUGUUUUUAACUCCGCCUACGUCAGAAUUUUAUGAUUUUGUAAAGGAAGAGAAUGCUAGCAAAUGGAAAGGAGUUUUCGUUAGUUCGCUUAGAAAGGUGUCAGAACAAGUGCAUUCUUCAUUGACUGCUCGCCAAGAUGCUCUUGAGUAUGUAGAGAGCCUUAUUUUGCGUCUCCUUGGAAUGCUGUGUGCAAGACCAUCUCCUCAUACUGUUCAAGAUGUUGAAGAAAGAGUAUUACGCACAUUUCCUACCCCAAUUGAUCGCUGGGCUCUCAGUGAAGCAAGAGAUACCCUUGAAAAAGGAAAGAAGAAGACAUCUCUUGUUUUACCUGUUGAUAAAAUCCACCACUUGCUACAGAAGGAUGUACUUCAAUACAAGAUAGAUUCACAAGUUUCAUAUUAUAUAGUAGCAGUAUUAGAAUAUAUAUCAGCAGACAUCCUAAAGUUGGCUGGAAAUUAUGUGAAAAAUAUUCAUCAUGUUGAUAUAACAUGUCAAGACAUUCGAGUUGCUAUGUGUGCUGACAAGGUUUUAAUGGAUAUGUUUUAUCAAGAUGAAGAUGGUAUGUCAACUGCUAUUCUGGAAAGUAGUGAUCCAGUGGCACCUAGAACAUCUCUGACUUAUGAAGAAGUAGUCAAAGAUCUGGUUCAUGAUGAAAAACAGUAUUUACGAGAUUUGCACAUGAUUAUAAAAGUAUUCAGAGAAGAAAUAGCUAAACUCGUUAAUGACUCCAAGGAACUGGAUGCAAUUUUUAGUGUUAUAAUGGAUAUAUAUGAGCUAACAGUAACACUUCUAAGUUCUUUGGAGGAUAUGGUGGAAAUAAGUGAAGAAAAACAUAUUCCAGCUAUAGGAAGUUGUUUUGAAGAAUUAGCAGAAGCAGCAGAGUUUGACGUGUAUGGACGGUAUGCAAAGGAUAUUACACAACCUCGCUGCAGAGACACACUUUCUUUGUUACUGUCACGACCUGAUGUGUGCGCAGCAUUGCAUUCCGCAGGACAUGGCUUCCGUGAAGCUGUCAAGUACUAUCUACCAAAGUUACUGAUGGGACCUGUGUGGCAUUGUUUCCUUUACUUUGAAUAUAUUAAGAUAUUACAUAGAUUAUCACCAAGUGCAGAAGAUAGUGAAAGCUUGGAACAAGUAGAGGGCUUGUUGAAGCCUUUACAAAUGGAACUGUUGCAGAUUGUUGGAAAUUUACCAAAGAAGGAGCCUGGUGUUCAUAUGCAUGGCAGAUCUCGGCGACAUGCAGCUUUAGAGAAGAUUAAUGAGUUACAAAAAAUCAUAGAUGGUUGGGAAAACAAAGACACAGGUCAAUGUUGCAAUGACUUUAUUCGAGAAGACUUGUUGGGAAAAGUUGGAAGUGGCCGAAAACUUUCAGAAAGGCGAGUGUUUCUAUUUGAUGGUCUAUUGGUGCUUUGCAAGCUGAACAACAAACGAGCAUCUGUAUCAGUCACUGGCCAUACAAGUGGUGAAUAUAGAAUGAAAGAAAGGUUCUUUAUUCGGAAAGUUGAGAUAUUAGACCGUGAAGACACUGAAGACCUGAAAUAUUCAUUCGACAUAGCUCCUCGGGUGCAGCCCACAGUUACAUUGGUUGCAAAGUCUUCAGAGCAGAAGAACAUUUGGAUGGCUGAUCUCAUCAUGCUAAAUACUAAAAGUAUGCUGGAACGAACACUGGAUAGCAUUUUAUUAGAUGAAGAAAAGAAACAUCCUCUCCGCCUCCCUCUUCCAAGCCUUUACCGGUUUGCAGUAUCGGACUCUAAAGAAAACAUUGUUUUGGAGGAGAGAGAAAAUGCUGGUGUGCCUCUAAUUAAGGGAGCUACAUUACACAAGCUUAUAGAAAGACUAACGUACCAUAUAUAUGCAGAUCCAAUGUUUGUUCGUACAUUUUUGACAACUUACCGUAGCUUUGUCACUCCUGAGGAACUUUUGAAUCUGUUAAUUGAGAGGUUUAACAUCCCAGAUCCUUCUUUGGUGUACGAAGAAGAUAAGGAUUUCCAAGAAACUGAUAAAACUGUCAAAAAUUCGCAGAGAGAAGACUGGAAAAGAUAUAGGAAAGAGUACUGCCAACCAGUUCAAUUUAGGUUUGUGCUAUAAUAUUUAAAUUUUAUUUAAAUUUUUUUUUUCAAUGUAGCAGUUUAUUAGAGUUUGUGAUGUUUAUAAAAGUGUAUUUUUAAGGUUUUGACAUUAAGAUUUUUUUUCUUAAUGUGGCACUCAUUCAUGUAGUGGCACUCACCAUUUCAGUGCUUCGAUAGUAUCAAUAUGUGAGUAAUUUCUGUAAAUUACUGACUCUUAUGUUUGAGUACUUUGAGUACAGAAGCCAAUAGCUGGAUUAUGAUACUCAUAUGCAAAUCUAGAACUGUGACCUUGGUGGUUGUAGAUAAGCUACUGUUUCAGCAUUUUUUCAUUACCCAAAUUAUUUAAUAUAUGCAGACAUUCAAUGGUCCGGAAUGCCUCAUGAUCCAGCAUCAGUCAGCUAAGCAAACUUUAAGUAAUGUCUCACACACCAUAUUGAUUUCUUUUUUCAUUUUCUCAUUAUUACUAAUUAUUAGGGCUAUUUCUGUAAAAGCUAUACAUCUCUUGCAUUUGUUAUUGUCACAAACAUCUUCAACAGAUAUUCACUAAGUGUAAUAUAGUGGCUGUAAGAAGGUGCGCAAGUGUUUGUAAUUAUUUUCAUUUGUGUGCUUUUUCACACCCACUCUAUUACUGUUAGUUAAUAUCUGAUGAAACAUAUUUGUGACAGAACAACAAAUGCAAGAUGUAUAGUGUUGAAUUGACAGAAAUAGUCCUUAAUUAUUAGAAAUGACUGGAAAAUUAAAACAAAAUUAUCAUGGCACAUGAGCCUCCUCCUUAAGCUAAAAACUAUAAUUUUGAGCUUAAGUUGAAAAUGUUUUACAGUACUCUCAUAAGUGGUAGUCAAAAGUGAUCGGCAUGGUUCGAGAUCGCUCGGAAUUUAACAUACAAACCUUUAUAUUGUUUUUCCCUUCAUUUGUGUUGAAAUGUUUAUCCUUGUGUUUUUAUUAAACAGUAUUUGCUGCCAAACACCAUCGUACGAGAUGUAUUUGCUCUGCAACUUAACGUUUAGUUAUAUUGGGAGAUAUCAUCUAAUAAUCCAGAAAUUUCUGUAAUCCAGCACUUGCAUAGUCCUGAUUGUGCCAGGUUAUCGGAAUUUUACUGUGUGUUGUUGUGCAUGUGUGUACCUGUGUGUAUAUGUGUGUGUUUGUGUCUGCAUGUGUUAGUAUGUGUGAGACUGUGUGUCUGUGUAGGUGUCUGCUUACGUGGGCACGCGCGCGUACGCACACACACACACACACACACACACAUACACAUACACAUACACACACACACACACACACAAAAUCGGUGAGUGGUAUUAACACUUGUGAUGACUGUUUUAAAAAAAAUAGUAAUAAUAUAAUAGAUGUAAUACAAUAUUGAAAAAUAUACAUCAUUCGUAAUAAUUUUUUGAAUAAAACCUCUCAAGCUAUGAAAGGGAUGGAACAUGUGAUCCAAGCAGGGAAUAUAAUUGUUUACUCUGCCUGUGACAGUCUCCACUCUAAGCGCUCAUGGUCGAUGGAGUUUGAGAAAGUGAUUCACGGAUAUGUGAAUGUGCUUACUGACUGGAAAACAUUUUGACAUUUAGUUCCUACGGGAAUGGGACUGGCUGAUGGUGGUGUCCUUUUAGGACAUGGAGGUUUUACCCUUGUAUGUAAGGGCUGGAAAAAUUAACAUCUAUUUAUUUUAUUAAUAAGCAUCUGUUAUUGGGAAAUUAGCAUUUUUAGUGCAACUUAUUUGAAACAUAAUACUUACAUUGUAAAUAUUUGUAAACUAAAUAUUUAUAUACAAAAUUGCCUACAGAUAACCCUCUCAAGUUUGUAACAAAAAAAAUUCUUUGUCUUUCUAGAUUAAAACCACAAAAAAAAAAAUGCUUAUAUUACUAAAAAAAAUUGAUAGUGCAAUAUACUAGCAAAAAUUAAGUUGCAGAUUUAAUUCAUAUUUCAUAAUAAUUCAUAAUACACAAAUAAAUAGGAUUAAUUGGGUGGGGCCUAUAUUUUGAAGUUAUCUCGAAUGUGUGUGUAACUUGGCUAUGUCACAGACACAUGUCAAUAUAACGAAAUAUGCUGGCCAUGAAAACUAGUAUAGAGAAAAAUUACUAUAAAAUCACCAUAUUGUUCAAGUGUAACAUUUGGAGGAAUGCCAAAUACCUGUAGUAACUGCUAUGGUUAACUUCACACUCCUGCUAAAGCAAAAUGCAAGAGAGUGGAGCCUGUUUUGUUUGCAUCCUAUAUGCCAACUAUACACCUUUCAUCUGUGGGAUCAGAGAAUUGUAGCAUUGCAUGAUCCCUGCACUCCCUAACAUUUAUGAGUAUCUUGUGAGAGUAAUAAAUACAUAUUAUGUUUUGUCAUUCAUAGGGAUCAGCUGGUUAUGUAAGUUCAGGGUCACAGGGCAUUAGUUUUGUAUUUGUAUUUUAUCAUUGGAUAUAUUCUUGUAGUUAAUUUUGAUUGUUUGGUAGUUUAUCUAGAGAAGCUUGGUAACUAUGUAUUUUCUGAUUUUCAAUUGGCUGGCUAGGUUACUGUUUGUGUGUGAUUUUCAAUAUUUUCAAUUUCAUAUAAAUGUGCCUUUUAUAACUAUAUUUUGUUUCAGUGUGUGUUGGUGACGUUUUUAGAAUGUAGGUCAGUGAUUUCUGAGAAAAAAAGAUAAAGGUGUGACACUGAGGCAUCAAAAUGAUGAUACUUUAUCAUAUCCCGUGUUAGAUAGAUACAGAGACAUUCGCCAGGACCAUAGGAGAGCUCUCUGACCAGGGAAUUACAGAGUAGUAUUUGUAAGAAUAAUCUUCGUAGCCAAUAGGAAGGCAACUUUUCCAUGGAAGUACCCAGAUUUGUACUGUUUUGUGUGUUUUUUGUACUGUGCUUUGUUUAGUUCGUCAUUGUUCAAGUAUUGUGCUGAAAGGACGUGCGUGGGCGAUGGCUCAAAAACAAUAUAUUAUGAUUGCUUAAGGGCAGAAAAUUUAACGUCUGGGGUUGGGGAUGUUUACUGCUUUUUGUGAUCUUUUACCGGAAAUUCACUUUAGCAUAAUGUCCGUCAUCAUACGGCACAACACUGUUCCAGAUUAUAGGCAAAACAUAACAAAAAAAAGUUUGUUGCUUUAAGAAAAUAAUUCUAACUGAAAUAUUAUCAAAAUGUCAGAUUAAAUGGUUAUUUAUUACUUCUAUUAAAUCCCACGGUUGCAUACAAACUCACAUUACAAGACAAGGAGACAGUACAUGUUGUGGCAUUUAAACGAUAACUAAAAACAAAUUUAAUAAGUCUCGGUGCGGGCUUAACACCUACGACUGCAGUCAAUGAAUUCUAAAUAAAAAGUCCAAAAAUGUUUAUAAAUUGGUGCCGCCCGGACUGCAGCCAUGAAAUUUGCUUCUCAACUACAUACUUAUAUUAUUAUUCAAGCCAUUGCCCUGCCCACAACUUUUCUGUUCCAAGAUCACACAACGACCAACUGGACGACCUGACUACGUCCAUCCACGAAGGAAGGAGGUGGUCACAUGUCCCCCACAGCCAAUCACAUACAAGCUUAAGCAACACUUUCAAAAAUCAGCCAAUCAAAGCACAAGUUGCAAGAAAUGAAAAAACCUCUGCAUACAUAUAACUAGGGGCUUUUAUUCUCUGUCUCUAUCCAAUUCUUAUGAUAUAUUUGGACUUGAGUUACCAUGCUAGGUGGGAAACUACCAUUUCUGUGUCUCUUGCACUUCAGGGCACACCUGCCUCUUUCUCAUUAUAACACUGAUGUAAUUUACCAUCACAUUGCAUCAUUAUGCUUUAUAAGGAUAAUAUAAAACAGGUAAAGAAAAACAUUAACUACACCUGAAAAUUUAACAAACCAGGUAAAUAGGUAAUAACUUUCAGUGGCUUUAAAAGUUUUAAUUAAUUAAUUUAACAGAAAUACUUACAAUCAUGAACUAAUGAGAAAUAAAAGAAAAACAACACAUUGUUAACCUCUGAAACAUUCAAUCAGUUAAUUAGAUUGAAAUAGAAAACCUAAUGAAGUACUGAAAAUUAUGAAAAAAAAAUUAUAUAUAUUACUGUUUUAUAGGUUAAUAAGGUAAGGGACUGUAAUGCUACAAAAUCUGCAGCUAAGAUGGUGGACUUCUUGUAUUUGUGUAUUAACUGAAAAGUUGAUAAAUCUUCAUUGGCAGGCAUAAAUUAAAAUAAUUAAAUUAUACAUACGGAUGUGUCCUAGAUAUGCAAAGUACAAGUAUAAGGUGUGUCCGGUCACUAAAAGUACAAGACAGGGUUCUUUCUUUCUUAUGAAAAGAUACAUUUUGUACAGAAAUUUUUAAAACUUACUAAAAUAUGUAGCAGUUAUAUAGCAGGUUUAAAGAAUAUUUUUAA